CUAAUUCUCUAUGUUCAUGAGAUAUUGUAACGGUGUAGAUGUGCGAGCUAACAAAGAACGACUUUUUGUUAUUUGCAAUUUAUAUCUAAACGUGGUUUACAUAUCGUGACGAACUUCCAGAUUUAUGUGAAUGUGAAAUAGUUCCUCGAUUAUUAGUUGCGUAUUCGAAUGUAAACAUGACGUCGGUAGACUCGGGAGUAGAAACUGGAAACGACUCGAAUGAUAGUUCGAUCUUGUUCGAACUUGUUCAGCAUGAUGGUCAACAGCAUGCUGCUAAUCAGGUCGUUAACAACAAUAAUAACAACAACAACAACAAUAACAAUAACAAUAACAACGUUACUAAUUUUUCUAUCGACAUGGAUAACAUUAAAUGGCCGAGUCAUGUAGGAUUCAGCUGGUGUGGAGAUCUGCAACUGGAGAAUUAUAAUUAUGAGAACAAAGGAAAUUCAUUAGACAGUAAUUUGAUAUCACCAAAUUCUGGAAAGCUAACAUUACCAAUGAACUGUUGUAGUGAGGCAAGGAAUUGUGAUCGAUUAAAAUGGUAUAGUAAACUUACCUCACCUGUUAAAUUUGUAAAAACUAGAAAUUGUCAUAAAUUAAGAUCACAUCUUCGUGCUCGCAAAAAUCCCAUAAUCAUUAACGGGAUAAAAUCACUUACCGAACGAAGGAUGCGAUUAGCCGCUGCAUCAAAUAAUAUCAUGAUGAUGGAAGAACUCUUGAGCAAUGGUGAAUCACCUAACUGUUUUGAUCUACAAGGGCGAACUCCACUUCAUCAUGCAGCUUGCAGAGGUUAUACAGACAUGGUUCGUAUAUUGCUGGAGUAUGGAGCAAACCCGAAUCAACGUGAUUGUAUUGGUAACACGCCGCUGCAUCUAGCCGCAGUCACCAGCAAAAUAUCGGUAGUGACAUUGCUCUUAGGAGCUGGUACUGAUGUUCAUCUGUUAGAUAAAUAUGGUUACAAUCCGUUGCAAUUAGCGCAAACAAAAUUGAAGCUUUUUCAGAACUGCAAAGGUGGAGAAGAUAUGAUUAAAGUCAAGGAAGAAAUGCGUCAUGUAGUUGAUAUGUUAAUGGUGUAUUUUCAAAAGCAAGAGAAAAAUACUCAGAUUGAGAUAGAAAUGUUGAGUAACUUCUGCUCACGUCUUUCAUUAUCUAACACCUCAGAUCAGGUUCAGAGCGACGUUAAAGAUUUAUUGAUGAACAUAAAUGCUCUCAGUAUAACAAGUUAAUCUGUUCACAUAGGACAUGCCCUUAUAACGUAACGCAUACCGUUUAUACACACACAUCAAAUUUCUAAAUUUUUCUAUUUUACAUAUAUAUAAUUUUUACAAAUAUGUGUGUUAUUUUUGGAAACUAUACAUAUGUUUAUCAGGAUAUUGAAACGUUUGAAAAUUUUAAACACUAGCAUCUAUGCAUUAAUGAUGCAAAAAUAUCUUAAAAUAAACAGAAUUCUCAGACUCAUACGUUUUUAGUGAGAAAAUGUAAUAAGAAAAUAAUAAUUUUUUAAAGCACGAAAAAUAAUUGUAUAUCAUCAGGAAUGUGUGUUUCCCAAUAAAAUGCACCAUAGCUGUAUAGAUAAACAGCACAAACAUGUACGCACACAGCUUCCAAAAAUAAUGCGCAUAUUUUUGGUAUUAAUAUUGUAAGGCCCUGUGCACAACAGAAAAAAUAUUAGGAAUAGGAAUAAAUAUUAAAUAUUAGGAAGAAGA